AUGGAUGAAGACUUGGAAUCACUUAAACGAAAAAUUAAAGAAAAAGGUGAAACUGUUCGAGCUUUGAAAGCACAAAAGGCUGAUAAAUCUUUUGUGGAUGUAGAAGUUGCUGCUUUAUUGAAACUUAAAAAUCAAUUGACUUGUAUUACUGGAGAAGAUAGUAGUAGCAAGAGUAAAACUAAAAUCACGCUAAAAACACCAAAGGGAACGCGUGACUAUAAUGAAAAAGAAAUGGCCAUUCGUGAACAAGUCUUUUCGACUAUAAUUUCUGUAUUUAAAAGGCAUGGUGGUGUCACUAUAGAUACUCCAGUAUUUGAAUUGAAAGAAAUUCUUGCCGGAAAAUAUGGAGAAGAAAGCAAACUAAUUUAUGAUCUUGAAGAUCAAGGUGGAGAGAAAUGUUCAUUAAGAUAUGAUCUGACCGUGCCAUUUGCGAGAUUUUUGGCGAUGAAUGGAAGCCAAUAUCCAAAUAUCAAACGGUACCAAAUUGCUAAAGAUUUUGAUGUUGCUGGCUCUUACGAUCCUAUGGUACCUGAUUCCGAAGUUAUCAAAAUUAUGUCUGAAUGUUUGACAGAACUUGAGAUUGUAUGUGGUGUACCAGAUGAAAAGAUCAGACCUAUAUCUUCAGCUGUCGAUAAAUUAGACAAGACACCUUGGGAAGAUGUCAGAAAGGAAAUGACAGAGGAGAAAGGUUUAGAUCCUAUUGUUGCUGACCAGAUAGGAGAAUACGUUAAAUUUAAAGGUGGUAAAGAAUUAUUGGACAGAUUGUUCCAAGAUCAGAGAUUACUCGCCAAUGCAAAUGCUAAAGCCGGUUUGAAUGAUAUGAUCCUCCUUUUCCAAUAUCUGGAAGUUUUCGAAGUUCUGGACAAGAUUUCAUUUGACCUAAGCCUUGCUAGAGGUUUAGAUUAUUAUACUGGAAUUAUUUACGAAGCCGUCACUGAACUUUCCGGUCCUCCAACGCUCGAGGAUGGCACAAAAGUUACAAGAAAAAUAAAGAAAGACACAAAUGAGUUUGAUGAAACAACUGUUGGUGUGGGAUCCAUUGCAGCUGGAGGUCGUUAUGAUAAUCUUGUUGGCAUGUUCGCGAAUAGUAAAAAAGGCAAUAUUCCUUGUGUUGGAGUUUCCAUUGGUGUAGAACGAGUUUUUUCCAUUUUGUUACAAAAAUAUCAACUUGAACAAGUUAAAUCAAAUGAGGUGGAAGUUUACGUUAUAGCAGUGGCUGAUGGUUUAUUAGAAGAUCGUAUGAAAAUAUGUGCAGAAUUAUGGAAUGCUGGUAUAAAGGCUGAAUUUAUGUAUAAAAUAAAACCAAAAUUACAACCUCAAUUUUCGGUGUGUGACCGUGAUCAAAUUCCAUUCGCUGUAAUUAUCGGAAAAGAUGAAUUAAAUUGCGGUCAAGUUAAAAUUAAAGACAUGAGAUCUAAAGAACAAAGUGGAGGUGCGGGUACUUCUGUAAAGAGAAGCGAUAUGAUUGCGGAAUUAAAAACUCGAUUAGGAAAAUUAUAG